AUGUAUGGUUUAAGACGUAGUAUUUCACAAAUCAAUUCAAUUUCUAAAUUUCACACCUUUUCUAAGGUCUUUUUCAAAGUCGGUGAAUCAAUUAAACCGGGCAUUCCUGCUUUAUUUGAAAAUUCACCCGGCAAUUCUGUAGAUUUGGGCGCUGAAGUUGCAAAAAUUCCAAAAUCUAUAAUUGUUGGCGUUCCAGGAGCAUUCUCUCCAGCCUGUAGUGCAUCCCAUAUUCCAGGUUAUAUUAAGCACUUGAAAGAUUUCCAAAAAAAGGGUAUUGAUCAGAUUUUUGUUACUGUGGUAAACGAUCCGUUUGUCACCAAAGCUUGGGCAGAUAGUUUGAAAUUGAAAGAUUCUACUGGUGGCAAAAUCAGAUUGAUUGCUGAUGCUCAAGGCAAAUUUGCUGAAAGCGGUGAUGCUUUGUUUGAUGCAUCUGUUAAAUUUUUUGGUAAUAAAAGAAAUUAUAGAUUUGCAUUGGUCCUAGAAAAUGGCAAGAUUAUUAAAGAAUUUGUUGAGCCGGACCAAGUUGGUGUUAAAGUUUCUAGUGCUGAAAAUGUUUUGAAAAAUUUAUAA